GCAGUCGAUUUGCAAGAUCCCUGGUUCUUAGUUUCUGCUAUGAAACAAACAGCCUUUGUUCAAACAAACAAAACAAAUCAAUCAAACAGAUAAGGAGUUUCCACCACUGAACACUAAUUGUUUUUGCUAUCAACUUGGCCCCAUUCGUAGAUAUCUUGAGGGUAAGACUAAGUCUUUGUUCUUUAUAAUUCUCUUUUAGGGAAGCUCUCCUUCUUUAUAUAUUCAGAUUAAUGCUAAAAAUAAAAUUUAAAAAUACCUCUUUCAAGAAGUAGACCUACAGAGAAUUUGAUCUGGGAAAAUCUGUGCUAAGAGUUAUACUCUUUUUCACUUACAAGCCCAAAUACCUUGAGAGAUCAUAAAGCCUCCAUGUAAAUGCUGGGUUUAACUCUUUAGGUACUUCUCAAGACAUAAAUAAUUCAGAUUUUUAAAAUAUUGAAAUAAUGGUGUUAUUAUUAUCAGAUUGGGUGUUUGAUACUUGACGAAGUAUCAAAGCUUGAUAUACUGGAGUUCUAGAAUAUUGCAAUUCAACACUAUAGUCACUAGUUUAAAUCAUCUUGCUCAGAAAAUUUUCCUUCAUUAAGGUAAGUGUCUAAAUUCCAUUUUUAGAGUAAGUCCACAUUGAUUUAAGGCAGAUGUUUACAGGGUCUAUUUAAAUACAUGAAUACACCUAAGAUGUCCAUUCCAAGUCCAAUGCAAUGGACAUGAACUUGGGCAAACCUCCGUAGUGAAAGAGUCAAACACGUCUGGGCGACUGAACAACAACCAGGUGUCCUCACUUUAGUCGUUAAUGAGAGGGAUGCAGACCAAGUCUGUUGUUUUUCAAAGCUGAGCAGUGGACAGAGAACUGCAGGUAGGAGGAAGAGAAUUAUGAUUGGAGGGUCAGACCCAGGAGGGAGGGGCAGUAGAUUGGCCCUAGAAAGCCUGGGGCUGCCUCAGGGAGACAAAAGGGGCCUGGAAGAAAUGCUGAUGCAGGCAGGGAAGAGUCAGAGGGUGGCCAGAAACCUUCUCCAACACGUUUACACUGGGCAGUUUGUGGCAAAGCCACUGUAUUAAGUGUGGCCGAGAAAAUGCAUUUUUAAAAAGUGACAGUCCAGGCUUUUAACAGCUUGAGGAAGGGAGAAAAUCAGACCUGAUAUUGUUAUUGAUCCUCCCAAGUCAGUCUCCAACAGAAGUCCUGCUCUGUGUCACUGGGGCCAACAGAACAAGACCCAAUUUGUAUGAGGAACAGAUGAAAGCUAUACUCUGAUCAAGGAACGGAGAGGUGCCAGCUUGCCUCUAGAACACACGCGCACCUGGACAGACCGCAGUGGGCGGGGCUGCGUUCCUGGGAUCCUGCCGGCGGGGGAGGAGACGAGUUCUCCUGCAGUCGGCACAGGUGUGCGGCUCAGACUCCAGAUGACAGCGCCUGAGCCGCGCGCGUCUCUGCGCAGGCCCGCCGCCGCCGUCUUGACUAUCGGUGUCUUGCACAGCGGUCUGUGCCUGAGCCACGCAGGUGCUGAGAUGUCCCCGAGGCCACUUCUCACCAGGACCUCUGGGUCCAAAGCGCCAAGUUUGAGACCUCUGCACGUGAAACUAGAUGAAGCGCAAGAGAGAAGACGUGCCUGAACCGGCUAAGUCUGCUCCUGCCCCUAAAAAGGGCUCUAAAAAAGCUGUGACCAAGGCCCAGAAGAAGGACGGCAAGAAGCGCAAGCGUAGCCACAAGGAGAGCUACUCCGUGUACGUGUACAAGGUGCUGAAGCAAGUCCAUCCGGACACUGGCAUCUCGUCCAAGGCCAUGGGAAUCAUGAACUCCUUCAUCAACGACAUUUUCGAGCACAUCGCUGGUGAGGCAUCGUGCCUGGCGCAUUACAACAAGCACUCGACUAUCACAUCCAGGGAGAUCCAGACCGCCACGCGCUUGCUGCUACCUGGGGAGCUGGCCAAGCACACUGUGUCUGAGGGCACUAAGGCUGUCACCAAGUAUACCAGCUCCAAGGAGCUGCAGCAAGGACCCGAUGCAAAGCACCCAUAUGUGAGGAGUCUUACCUGCCAAAAUACCCACCAACCCUCUUCUCUUGGGUAGGCCAAGGCAACUAGGCCACUAUAGCCAUCGCCAUCUCUGUGGAUCAAGAAGAGUCGGAAUGGAUCUCCCCAAUGUUGUAUCUCCUUCCCCUGUCUCCAAGUCUGAAUUCUGUGAGACUCAGUCUCAUGGAAUAAUCAAAACUAAAAUAGCACUUCUUCAAAUCUGUAUUGUUUGUCAUCCUUUGAGGCAACACCCUCACUUUAUGAUCUUUUGUGUGCUCACCUUUAUAGAACUCACCUCCUUUGACAAUAUCACUUCUUUUCCAAACUCUUGUUAUGUCUUCUGGAACUCAGCCCUACACACUGGCUACCUGGACAUUUCUUUACUUCAUUACAUUCAUACAAACUGGACUUUUUCCAAAUCACUUCUUCUGAAGGUCUCCUAACACAGAUAUGGGUUCAUCGAAUUUAUCUAUAAAUAAUGAGUUACUUGUGACUUCAGCAUCUAGAGGACUAGAUUUCAAUCAUGUGUUCAUAAAUACUCCAAGCUUUCAUUGCCUCUUUAUUUUUAUUUUACCUAUUGGGUGAACUCACUACCAUAGGUGACUGUAACUCUCCAUGUUUUCCCUGCCUACAUGGAAAUCAGAAAACUGCAGCCCGUUCAAGGUGUUAAGAAAAAUUUUUUCAUGUCUAAAUAUUUGUUUAAAAAGCCAAGAAAAAUAUAUGAAAGAGACCAUAUGUAAUGCACAAAGCCUAAAAUAUUUGCUACCUGGCCCACUUUAACAACCAAAACAUGAUCCAUCUCCCCUCGCAUGGCUCCCUCUUGUAAUAGAGGACACGUUUGUCCCCCUCGCUAGUGAAAGUUUUGCCACCAGUGCUCUGACUCAUCCUUUCCUGCUAUGGUGGACGUAUGCCUUUUGUUUCUACCAUCCUUUCCUUUGGGGAAACACCUCUACCCAUUUUGUGUUAUCUUUCCCAGUCUACAUGGCUUGAAAAGUGAAAGUGUUAGUUGCUCAGCUAUGUCGGACUCUUUUUGACCCCAUGGAUGAUAACCUGCCAGGGUCCUCUGUCCAUGGAAUUCUCCAGGCAGGAAUACUGGAGUGGGUAACCAUUCCCUUCUCCAGGGCAUCUUCCCAACCCAGAGAUAGAACCUGGGUCUCCUGCAUUACAGGCAAAUUCUUUACUGUCUGAGCCAUUAGGGAAGCCUCUAUAUGACUUAAAUUGGAAUAAUUAUCACCACACCCCUCUUCCUCUAGCCCCAUAGAUAGGCACAUGAUUGAGCCUUGGAUGCUUAGAACAUUUCAACUCCAUAUUUACAGAAGUUGAUUCUGAAAAAGACAUCUGAUCAAAGCUGGGU